AUGUCAUACACACCCUCAAACACUCCAGUCAGAGCUGCUCCAAUUCUGAGCGACUACGAGCUCAUCGAUGGGGAUCCAUAUUUCACCAAAGUUGUUCGUUAUUUUCGUCCAUCAGACUAUUUAAAUUGGGGUAUAUCGACAGCUCUUGUUCCUCUUGGUAUUAAUGUCUGGGAAAGAUUGGAGCCAUCAUUGGGUAAGGGCAUGAAACCAUCUCCUAUUGCUGGUACAACUUACCGUGCUGCAACCGCAAUUGGGUUCGUUGGUGGUUUCUUUUUGGCUUAUGUGAAAACAAGUCAACGUUUUCUUGGAUGGAGAGAAAACUCUCGAGAGGUGGCUAAGGACAGGUAUGAAGUAAAGAAGUUGUUGAGUCAAGGAAUUUUACCAUAUCAUGAAAAUGAAAGUACGUUGGACGAUAGGUCUAAAGACGUCGCAAACAGGAACUCACAAUACAGUAGUUCGUUUUUGUUCAUAUUGCCUUGGUUCAACUUGGCUUAUCAUCCAUACCAUCAAGUCAAUUUGAAGAAAUACUAUGUUGACAGACCAGGUGAGGAAAACUGGGGAUUCAAACUAAAGCCCCUUGAUGAGAUUUACGCUAGUACCGCCAAAAAAGGAGCUUAG